GGUUGUCUUGGAGAGGGACGCGUAGGCUACGCCACCGCGGACGGGUCGGAUCCGGUCCCUGGACGCGGAACAGAGAUCCCCUGAUUCAGCCACCCCCAGAUUGAGCCCCGUAGAGUGCGAUCCUACCUUCCUGCCCCGACGAAAAUCCCAGAGACGCUGCGGACAACACCAGCAUGUCGAGCGAGCAGAGCGCGCCGGGGGCCUCACCCAGGGCCCCGCGUCCGGGGACCCAGAAGUCUUCUGGCGCGGUGACCAAAAAGGGAGAGCGCGCGGCCAAAGAGAAGCCGGCGACCGUUCUGCCUCCCGUGGGGGAGGAGGAGCCCAAAAGCCCUGAGGAGUACCAGUGCUCCGGGGUCCUCGAGACCGACUUCGCCGAGCUCUGCACGCGGUGGGGCUACACGGACUUCCCCAAAGUUGUCAACCGGCCCCGCCCCCACCCGCCCUUCGUCCCCUCCGCCUCUUUGUCGGAAAAGGCCACCUUAGACGAUCCGCGGCUGUCGGGGUCCUGCAGCCUCAAUAGCCUGGAGAGCAAAUACGUGUUCUUCCGGCCCACCAUCCAGGUGGAGCUGGAGCAGGAGGACAGCAAGUCAGUGAAGGAAAUCUACAUCCGCGGUUGGAAGGUUGAGGAACGGAUUCUGGGUGUCUUCUCUAAAUGUCUGCCCCCGCUUACCCAGCUACAGGCCAUCAACUUGUGGAAGGUGGGGCUGACCGAUAAGACCCUGACCACCUUCAUCGAGCUCCUGCCUCUCUGUUCAUCCACGCUCAGGAAGGUGUCUCUGGAGGGGAACCCACUGCCGGAGCAGUCCUAUCACAAGCUCAUGGCCUUGGACAGCACGAUUGCGCACUUGUCUCUGCGGAACAAUAACAUCGACGACCGCGGGGCGCAACUCCUGGGCCAGGCGCUGUCCACGCUGCACAGCUGCAACCGCACCCUUGUCUCGCUCAACCUGGGUUUCAACCACAUCGGGGACGAGGGCGCAGGCUACAUCGCGGACGGCCUCCGGCUGAACCGUUCCCUGCUCUGGCUGUCCCUGGCCCACAACCGCAUCCAGGACAAGGGCGCCCUGAAGCUGGCUGAGGUCCUGCGCGCCUUCGAGCUGACACACACCGAAGUGGUGGAGCGCCGACGCCUCCUGCUGGAAAAAGGGACACAGGAGCGCUCGCGAUCGCCCUCCUCCUCUCGACACGGGGACUCCAAAACGGACCGUGAGAAGAGUCAGAUGGUAGGGAUCAGCAAUAGUGCAUUGGUGGACAAGACAGACAAGACGCAGACAAUGAAAACCCCUAAGGGCCUGGGCAAGAAAAAGGAGAAAUCAUGGGAAUUGGCCAAGAAAGAGGAGAAGUCGGGGUCCGGGCAGUCACCCACACAAGGAACCCCUAAGAAAGAAGAUGCCACAAAGGCAGGCAAGGGGAAGGUAACCAUCCCUGAACAGAAGCCAAGCAGGGCAAAAGGGAUCAAGAUCGGGAGCAGAGAGAAGCGCAGCAUCCUCCUGGAGUCCGAGCAGCUGGUUGUUGAGGCUACUGAGGUGGUCAACCCUCUCCUGGAGCCUGUGGAGCACCGAGAUGGGAAAGUUUUCAUGCCUGGGAACAAGGUCCUUUUGCACCUCAACCUCAUCCGGAACCGCAUCACAGAGGUGGGGCUGGAGGGCUUCCUUGCCACAGUGCAGUAUCAGAUGCAGUUCUCCAAGGCCAAGAGUGCAUCCAAGGGUCCAGUGGGGCUGCUGUGGCUGUCCCUGGCUAAAAAUUGCUUCGCCCCACAAUGUCCUGCGUACGCCAUAAUCCAGGAGCUGAUGUUGCCAAGGGAUCCCAUCAAGGCCAAACUCAGGGAGGAUGAGGCCAUGGCAUUCUUCCCCUAGCCCCCUCCCACCUGCUUGCCUCUAAGACUCGGGGCUACAGAAGCACCUCCUGUCCCUGUGUGGGGUGACCUCCCUGGGGGAGAUCUCAGACCAAUAACAAAGUCUCUAUACUUUUCCUUGA